AUGGAAUAUAAAGAGAAACCUGAAGGACCUUUUUUUGUGUCUUUUUUUGUUACAAAUUUCAAUGCAUCUGAUGAAUCAUGUUGGUACAAAAUAAACAUACUAGAUUUCUACAAUAAUAUUUAUGAAUCAAAUAUAAUAAAAAAAAAUAACUGCCAACAAAUUAAUUUUUAUAAUAACUAUAUUGAACUAAAUGAAGAAACAGCUAUAAAUGAUAUAAUAGAAAAUUCAAUAAAAAUAGAAAUUUUUGCAAAAAAUAAUUCUUCUAAUGCUAAUGAUGAUAACUUUUUUUUAAUUGGAUGUGAAAGCAUAAAAACAUUUCCUUUUUUACAUGAUCAAUUAAUACUAGGAAAAAAUAUUUCCAUUUGUUAUAAAUAUGAAGAAAAAAAAGAUGAUAUAAUAGAUCAAAAUGUAGGAAGUGAAAAGAAGAAAAAGAAAAAAAAUAAUGAAAAAGAAGAAAAAAAAAAAAAGAAGAAAAUCAAGAAUAAUUCAAAAAUAGAAUUAGACAAAUCUGAAAAUUUAAUUAAAACAGAUAUCAAUUUAAAUUUUCAUAUUACUUUGAAUAUAAAUUCUUUGGUUGGAAAUUUUUGUGACAGAAACAAUUUCAACAUAAUGAACAUUAAAGUUGAUGGAGUUUAUAAUAUACCUACAAAUGUAGAUAAUAAAAUACCAAAAAGAAAUUCUCUUUCAUUUCAAUUUAAAUUUUUAGACUUUAAUCUAGAUGGUGGAACCCUUGUAGAAGAUGAUAAAAAUAGCAAAUACAAAAUUACGUGGAAUAAAAAUAUUUUAUACAAAUAUAGAAAUAUAAAGGAAAUUGAAUAUAUUUACAAUUUUUUAUAUUAUGAUUCUUUUAAUAUAAAUGGAUUUUUACUUUGUUUUUGUGAAAAUAAAAAACAAAAAGAUAACGUCACUACUAAUUUAUUAAAUUCCUUAUGUGGAAAAUUUGAAAUUAAUAUUUCAGAUGUUAUAUCUAAUAAAGUUAAUCAUAUAAAAUAUGAAUUAAAAGAAAUAGAUAUUCUUAAAAAUGAAAUAAAAAAUAUAAAAGAAAAUGAUGAUUAUGAAAAUUCUUUCAUUUAUAAUAAUUCAUAUAUCUUAUUAACUAUUCAAUUUUAUAAACCUUUUGUAUUUAGAUCAACUAUUGAAACUCCUUUUAAAAUAGACAACUUAAAAAAUAAUGUAAAUAUUAAAAGUGAAAAAGAAAGGAUUCAGAAUGAAAAUGAAAGUAUCAGCAAUUUAUUUAAUAAAUCAAUUAUUGAAGGAAUUGAAUUUGUAAAUAAUGAAAUUAAUAAGUUAAAAAAGGAGGAACAAAUAAAAAUUUACCAAAAAUCAAAAGAAUACUAUGUAUUUUUAAAUAACUUAAAGGAAAACACAACCUAUAUAAAUUUAUAUAAUAAUGUUAAAAAUAUAAUGAUUAAACUAACGUAUGAAAUAAUAAAUAAAAAAAUUUAUAAAAAUUUUAAUUUAAAUAAUGAUAUAUGUAAUAUAAUAGAAGACGAUGAACAAGAAGAUGAAAUAAAUAAUAAGCAGGAAAUGAAUAAUGAAAACAAUGAAGAACUACAACAGAGAGAAAAAGAGGAAAAAAAUCUUAAAAAGGAAUGGAUGACAGAUGUAGAAAAUGAAAAGACUUUAGAUAAAAAAAAAAAAGAAAAAAAUAUUUUCUCAGAAGAAAAUAUAAAUUGUAUACUUACUAAUUUAUUUAAUUUUGUUUAUGAAUCAUCUAAUAUAAUAAUAAAUAAUUAUUUUGAAAAACAAAAAAAUUUAAAUAUGAAAUCUAUUGAUGAAAUAAAAAAAAAAAAUAACAUUAGGAAUCUAGAAUAUUAUUUACAAAAUGUUAUAAAAGAAAAUGAAUUUUUACUAAAAGAUAAAAAAAAUGAAUAUUUUUGCGAAGCAGUAUUAUUAUUAAUUUUUAAAAAAGUAAAUACGUUUUUUGAAAAAAAACAUAUGGGAAUAAAAAAGACAGAAUAUCAAAACAGUAAUCACAUUGUUAAUAUAAUAGAAAAUUAUGAUAAAUAUGAAAAAGACAUUGGAAAUAACGUUAUAGAAGCUAACUAUUUUUAUAAAAAAAAAGAAGCAAAUUAUGAUCUAACUAAUAAGAAUGAUAAUUUAACAUCCCUAAUAAAUAUCAUUUGUAGAGAAAACAAAAAUGAAUGUAAUUCGUAUUUGUUUGAUUAUAUUGAAAAUUAUGAAAAUAUAAUUUUAGAUAAAGAAUACAAUAAGGAAAAUGUAUUAUUCAAAGAAAAUGAAAAGGAUGAAAAAAUAAUAUCUAUUUUUAAUUUAGACGAAAAUAAACAAAACAAAAAUUUAUUUAUAGAAAUAAUCUACAAAUAUUGUAAAAUUUUAUUAAUUAAAAAUAAUAUAAAUUAUACAAAAAAUAAAAAGGAAAUACAAAAAAUGAAUUAUCAAGAAUAUCGAAUUUUUAAAGAAAAUAAUAAUCAUAAUAAAAGUUUGAAUUCCAACGAAAAUUUUGAUUGUCAUAAAAAUUUUGAUUGUCAUAAAAAUUUUGAUUGUCAUAAAAAUUUUGAUUGUCAUAAAAAUUUUGAUUGUCAUGAAAAUUCUGAUUGUCAUAAAAAUUUUGAUUGUCAUAAUAAUUUUGAUUGUCAUAAUAAUUUUGAUUAUCAUGAAAAUUUUGAUUAUUAUGAAAAAUAUAUUAACCACAAAAAAAUUAAUUCCUGUAUUUUAUGUUUAUCUACUUAUAUAGAGUUAACAAAUUUUGAAAACAUUGAAAGUAUUUUUAUUUUAAGUUUAGUAUAUUUAAACACACAUAAAUAUGAGGAAUCAUUAAAAAUGGUUAAUUAUUUAAUACAAAUUUUAAAAAGAAAAAAAAAAAAAAAAGAUAUAGAUAACUUAAAAGAUAAAAAGGAAAUAAGUUUGAAACAUAUACAUUUAUAUAGUAUCUAUAACAAUAAUAAUUUAGAUAUAAGUGAAGAAAUAUGCAUAUAUGUUAAAGCAUUAUGUUAUUAUUUCCAACAAGAUUACAUACAUUAUUACAUAAAUAUGUGUAUUCUUUUAAAUACUAAUCAAAAUGAAUUGAAAAAAGAAUUUGAGAAUAACUCAAGUUUUUUCGAAAAAGAAACGGGUAAAUAUGUGUGUGCAGAAUUAUGUAACAAAGGAAAUAAAAGAAAAGAAACAAUUUUGUCGAAAAAUGAGAAAAAAAAUCAAAAUUCAAAAAAAAAAAAUUCUGAAGUAAUAAAAGAAAUUAUGAAGGGAAAUGAUAAUAAUAUUGAUGAAAAAAAGAAAGAAAAAUCAAAUAAUGAAGAACCUAUUUUUGAAAAAAAAGAAGAAACAGAAGAAGAAAUAAAUGAAUAUGAAAAAGUAAAAAUUAAAGAAAAAAAGAAUACAAAGAAUCAAGAAGAUAUAAAUUACCUUUUAGAUAAUGCUAUUUUGAAAAAUUCUGAAAUUAAUUUAGAUGAAAUUCCUCUAAAAGAUAAAUUUAUGUUACUAUUUCUUAUAUAUUGCAUAAAAUUUAAUAUAAUAAAUAUUGUUAUGUAUAUUUAUGAAAACAAAAAUAAAUAUUUAACAGAACUUUCAAUAAAUGCAAAUAUAUACAAACAAUUAAUUAUAAAAGCUUUUUUUUCAAUUAAAGAUCAAGCUGAUAAAAGUUUGAAUAAUUUUAUAAAAAUGAAGAAAUAUGAUAAAGAGAUAAUUUCUGAUCUUAUUACAACAUAUAAAAAAUAUGGUUAUAAAAAGGAAGAGGAAUAUUUAUUAACUUUAUACAAAGGAAAAGAUUAA